AUGAGUGCUGAAAAUUACACUAUGGUGGUAUUUUUUAUUAUUGAAGGAAUUUCAGAUAUACCAGAAAUACAAACUCUAAUUUUUGUCCUGGUUCUGCUCAUGUAUCUCAUCAUAUUUGGUGGUAACAUGACCAUUCUUCUACUUGUUUGCUCAGAUUCUAAACUACACAACCCAAUGUAUUUCUUCCUGGUUAACUUGUCCAUCAUGGAUGUAUUUUCUGCCACUGUCACUCUUCACAAAACCCUUCUCAUUUUCAUAACAGGGGACAACAGUGUAUCUCCGACCGCCUGCAUGAUACAGCUGUAUAUGUUUACAUCUCUGACGAACAACGAGCUGUUAAUAUUGACGGCCAUGAGCUAUGAUCGAUACGUAGCUAUAUGUAACCCCUUGCGUUAUCACAUGGUCAUGAACUAUAGACUAUGUGUUCUUCUUGCUUUUAGCUGCUGGACGUUGGGUUUUAUAGAAAUCACACCAAUCCUAUGGGCUAUAUCUGGCUUUAAUUGUUAUACAUCCAAGAUGGUCAACCAUUUCUUCUGUGACAUUGUGCCACUAAUGAUGAUCACUUGUAGUGACACCUCUUUAUUAGCACUUUAUUUACAACUUGACGGUGUUGUCUUUGGAGGAAUGACUCCAUUUAUUUUUACCUUCAUCUCUUAUGUUUUCAUUAUAAUCACCAUACUGAGGAUAAGAUCCAGAGAAGGAAGACGUAAAGCCUUCUACACGUGUUCCUCACACCUGACUGUGGUUGGCCUUCUUUAUUCAACUCUUGGUUGCCAAUAUCUGAGGCCGGUGUCUGUAGAAACUAUAGAUUCCAAUAAACUUUUCUCUCUCUUUAACACAGUUGCUGUUCCAAUGUUAAAUCCUUUAAUUUACAGCUUAAAAAACAAAGAUGUGAAAUCAGCUUUAAUACGUAGACUAAGAAUGCAUUUGAUGGUUACUUAA